AUGGCCACCAUGGAGAGGUACAAAGAGUUGGUGGUGACUGUGAGCUGUGCGGCGGUGAUGGCCGCGAUGGCCGUCAUCUUCGUGCUGAGGUGGGUCCUGCACUUGAGGGAAGAAGGUCUGGCCUGGGAUGGAAGUCUGGCGGAGUUCAACUGGCACCCGCUGCUGCUCGUCUGCGGCUUCAUCGUGCUGCAGGGUGGCGCCAUCAUCGUGUACAGACUUCCGUGGAGCUGGAAGUUCAGCAAACUCACGAUGAAGUGGAUCCACGCCGGCUUGAACUUGAUGGCCUUCAUUUGUGCUGUCGUGUCUUUGGUGGCGGUUUUUGACUUCCACAACGUUGCCAAGAUCCCCAACAUGUACAGUCUGCACAGCUGGUUGGGUCUGACAGCCGUGAUAUUGUAUGGUCUGCAGCUUGUUUUAGGGGUGGCCAUGUACUUGCUACCAUUCACACCUGUAGCCUGGAGAGCAGCCUUCAUGCCCAUCCAUGUCUACAGCGGCCUUCUCCUCUUUGCUUCAGUCAUAGCCGUGGCACUCAUGGGCAUCACCGAGAAACUCAUAUUUGGCCUGAGCAACCCGAAGUAUAAGGACUCCCCUCCCGAGGCAACUUUUGUGAACAUUCUGGGACUCCUUCUGGUAGUUUUCGCUGCUCUGAUAAUCUGGAUCGCCACUCGGCCAUCUUGGAAACGGCCGAGUGAACAGACCUUGCAUACUUUGCAUUCCGAUGAAAGCACUAGAGUCGGUCCGGCCUUGUCUCAACUCUCCGAUGAAAGAGAGGGCGAAGCCUUUGGAGAGCCCCGCAGAAGAAGUAAUAAAUUAGAGGAUCAGGUCAACUGAAUUUAUAAAUCUAUAACUCAAUGCUGGAAGAUAUUCCACAGAAUAAGUGCCAUUUUAUUGCUGUAAGUCUUGCAAAAUAAACUUAAGUUUGUCUUUUUCCAACUCUAAAUCUGCUAAUACACUUAUUGAACAAUUCAAAAUGGGUAUCGGCCCAUCACUGACAACAUCGUCAGGGUUUCAAAGAUGAUUCAUCUGAGUAACAGGACAGAAAGUAACAGUGAGUUUUUAGCAUAGAAAUAGUAAAUACAUGAAGUAUAAACCACAUGACAUUCAUGCCGAUAGCAUCUUGUAGUCCAGGGGUCACCAACCUUUUUGAAAGCAAGAGCUACUUCUUGGGUACUGAUUCAUGCCAAGGGCUACCAGUUUGAUACACACUUAAAUAAAUUGUAUUUCUGUCUUGUCAUUCCGUCGUACAUUUUUUUUCAUUUUACGGAAGGUUUUUUGUAGAGAAUAAAUGAUGAAAAAAAAACACUUAAUUGAACGGUUUAAAAGAGGAGAAAACACGAAAAAAAUGAAAAUCAAAUUUUGAAACAUAGUUUAUCUUCAAAAUUCAAAAUUCUACCGAAAAAAGAAAACAAAAACUAGCUAAUUCGAAUCUUUUUGAAAAAAUUUAAAAAUAAUUUAUGGGACAACAUUUGUAAUUUUUCCUGAUUAAGAUUAAUUUUAGAAUUUUGAUGACAUGUUUUAAAUAGGUUCAAAUCCAAUCUGCACUUUGUUAGAAUAUAUAACAAAUUGGACCAAGCUAUAUUUCUAACAAAGACAAAUCAUUAUUUCUUCUAGAUUUUCCAUAACAAAAAAUUUAAAAUAAAUUCAAAAGACUUUGAAAUAAGAAUUAAAUUUGAUUGUACAGAUUUUUAGGAUUUGCCAGAAUAUAUAUUUUUUUAUUUUAAUUAUAAGUUUGAAGAAAUCUUUCACAAAUAUUCUUCAUCGAAAAAACAGAAGCUAAAAUUAAGAAUUAUAUUAAAAUGUAUUUAUUAUUCUUUACAAUAAAAAAAAAAAAUUUACUUGAACAUUGAUUUAAAAUUAUCAGGAAAGAAGAGGAAGGAAUUUAAAAGGUAAAAAGGCAUAUGUGUUUAAAAAUCCUAAAAUAAUUUUUAAGGUUGUAUUUUUUUUUCUAAAAUUGUCUUUCUGAAAGUUAUAAGAAGCAAAGUAAAAAAAAUAAAUGAAUUUAUUUAAAAAAGUGAAGACCAAGUCUUUAAAAUAUUUUCUUGGAUUUUCAAAUUCUAUUUGAGUUUUGUCUCUCUUAGAAUUAAAAAUGUCGAGCAAAGCGAGACCAGCUUGCUAGUAAAUAAAUACAAUUUAAAAAAUAGAGGCAGCUCACUGGUAAGUGCUGCUAUUUGAGCUAUUUUUAGAACAGGCCAGCGGGCGACUCAUCUGGUCCUUACGGGCGACCUGGCGUUGGUGACCCCUGGUCUAGACUAUAUGAUUAAACUUUUUUUUUUUAAAUAAACAUGACAUCAAAAACAAUUUAUGUAGCAAGAAUGUGCUGAGUCAUCAGCUGAAAAGAAAAAUAAAUGAGCGAACCUACUUUUAGGAUCCAUGUGAACGAUGCAACUUCCUGUAGACCACGUGACUUGUGGAAUAUUCCACAUUAACAAGUUUGACUUAAAACCUUACAGACAUGAUUAAAAUGUAAAUUUUAACUUCAUUUUUUGAAAGGAAAAAAUAUAUAGUUUGGUCGAAGAGUAAUCCAAAUGUGUAAAAAAAAUGAUUUAAUUAUAUUUAUUUCAAGGUUUAAUUUUAGGAAGGAGUGGCAACAAAUGCUAUUUUUCAAGUGUCCAAGGUAGUUUAAUUAUUCUUUUAAAUUGUAUAUAUUAAAUGUGCAAGCACAUUAGUGUGCAAGAUAGUUUGCUUAUUUUGUUUAAAUUAUUUUGCGGUUAAUUUGAAGCGUACAUGUACACGUUUUAUCACCUGGGGAAUGGCACGAUUCAGUCCAAUGGCUGGUAUAUCAUUUCCGCUUGUCAAAGAAAGUCCCGAUUUUCUUAUUAAUGUACACUUACAUACACACACACACACACACACACACACACACACACACAGUGUACUGUGUAGGUAUGCAAGAUGUUCUUUUUACAUGUAUUCAUCUCUUUUUAAUUACAAUAAAUAAAUGUAUUUGCUUA